CUUUUAGUUUUUCAGACAACUGGAGUGAGAGUGGGAAAAUGCCCAGACCUCUCACGGAAAUUUUCCCAGAGAUGUCCUCCUGACACCAUUGACCAAUGCAAAUAUGACGAAGAUUGUACCGAGAAUAAUAAGCAGAAAUGUUGCAAGAUUGGCUGUGGCAAGAUUUGUUUUAAUCCAGGUGACCUUGCCUUAAUCAGUGGUAAGUCUGUCAUUAAUUUAAAAAUGAUACUUUUUGAAGAUCACGCAACUUUAAGCAAAAAUGUCACCUGGGUAACUGCACUCAAAAUUUUCAUAGCGGGGAUACUGAAGAUAUUUUUGUGAAGGAUCUUGUUUUCCCCCAUACCCUACAGGAAGUGUAGGUCUAUCACUUAAAAAAUGUUUGAGAAAAUAUAAUUGGAUAAUAAUGUACAUGAAAAAAAAUUAUGCGAUUCUGAUUGGCUGAUAACGAGUGCAUUUUUACAUGUAACACGAAUGCAAAUUACAAAUAGCGUGCGUACCGUCAAACGUUCGUCUUUCUUGACAUUCUGUAAUGCUUCUUUUUAUUAUUAAAAAGUAAUCGAAUGAAUUCUCAUGCAACUUGGUGUAAUUAGAUGCACUUGUAAAUUUUUCAAAGACUUCAGAUUGCACUCGCCUUACGUGCAGUCGAAAUCAUGUUAUCACCUAUACUUACGAACAACGCCAUUUGAAACACGUUGGAUAGAAAGAACUCAGUAUGAAUAACCUAUGAGCUAGAUCAAGAAAAAUGUCAAAUCUGAGCUAAGUCGCCACAGAUGCCAUAAUCAAGAUGUUGUUAUUUUUGUCACGAACGUGGAACUUGGAAAAUCUUAGCUCCCAUAAGGGAACCAUGCUUGUUAAUUAAAAUUCCAAAUGAAUUACUCACAAGGCCACAACUUUAUUGAUCUGUGCGCGUAUUAACUCUAAAAAUUUUUCAUGUAACAGGUAACAGUGUGUGCCCGGUCUUACCGAGGCCUAAUCCGUGUCCUAACGAGCCAAAUCAGUGUCUAAAAAGAGAUGAAUGUGUUAGCGGGAAGGAGUGCUGCUCUGAUGGUUGCAGAAUGAUCUGUGUUCAACCUGUCGUAGUCCCAACUAAAGAACCAGCUGGUUAGUAAUGAAUUUCUAUUAUUUUUAAUGAUCGGGAACCCUAGUGUUAAAGAAUGAUAGAGGAAUACGCGAUAAGACAGUUAUGAUUCGCUUUGCCUUUUUCGAGGAUUGCCUAACUGUGCGUGAUAUUACAAAUUCAAAGUUACUUCCUAACCAAACCUUAAAUAAGGUGAAACUUGUCAAACUUACGAUAAAGGUUCUCAUCUCCAAAACGAGGAGUGGAAUGGAAACGAUGCUUCUCCAAAAUAUUAUCCUUUUAAAUGAAACAAACUAAAUUUUCUUAGAAACCUCUUCGCUGAUUAUGGGUACCAUUUGAACAAACCACUUAGCUCUGGCGUCCGCUUCGAUUCCCUCAACCUUGAACUUACAGUGGAGGCACUAUCUGGGUGUUGAAAUCAAUGCCUGAUUGACAUAAGGCGUUUUCUUUAUAUGGCGUCCACCAUUCAGAUUUUACCAUGGGCUUUACUAUGCGAAGUAUAUUCAACUACUCUUGAUAUCACAAUUAAAUGACAUAAAAUUGUUUUGACUUGUGCAUGAUGUAUAAGUAACGAAAUGAACCUUAGUUUUACAGGCCUUUUUUCUGCAAUUCCUCUUAUUUCCGCAAAGAUCAGUUCAGUACUUGUAGUCUAUAUAAGUAUGGGCAUGGUAAAUCUCGUCCAAAAAGUGUGUUUUGCCUUAUUUUCGCAGAAAGAAAAAGUUGUAGUGCCAUAGUGGACGUCGCCUUCAUCAUUGAUUCGUCCGGGAGUAUUUCCAGAAGGAACUACGGAAAAAUCAAAGCGUUUGUUAAGGGCAUUGCUGGAAGACUUGGCAUUUCGACGAAUGGUAGUCGGGCAGGUAUCAUCUUAUACAGCACAAGAGCCUCAGUCAAAGCGUACUUCAACGACUCCCGCACCAUAGAAGAGUUUAAAAGGAAGGUCGACGAGCUUCCCCACGAAAGAGGUCUUACUUACAUCAACAAGGCUCUCCAACUGGCGUCAUCGGAACUUUUCUCACGCGCGCGGAAAGAUGUACCAAAGGUGGCAAUGUUGCUGACUGAUGGCGAGCAGUCGAAGCCUGAGAGCACGUUAAACCUGAGAGAUGCGUCCGCGCCUUUAAGGCAGCAAGGAGUGCGUGUGAUCGCUUUCGGUAUUGGAAAGAGAAUUAAUGUGCGCGAAUUGCGGUUGACGGUAGAACGAGAUGAAGAUGUGAUAAGAGUGAUGAAGUUUGAUGAUUUGAUUACCAAAGUGGGGAAUUACACCAAUAGUCUUUGCGAAGCGGCUGGUAAGAGAAAUCAAAUCUAUGGUCAUGACAAUUUUCAAGAUAUGAGGUCUCCUCAUAGUUUCGUUUAAAUUGAUCAAAGCUUUCGAUCGCUGUAACAGUUUUCCCUUUUGGUGCUAAGUUCAAAACUGAAUUUCCUAUAUCUGAUAGCCCUGAAUUUCUACUUAAGACAGAAACUAUAGAUUAAGUAGUAAAACAUCAGAUUGUUUUCUCCAUUUAAGCUAGCUGAAGCUUUUUUAUGGAUAGGUAUACACUAAAUUGUUCGUGUCAUUCUCACGCUUCAAUCUUUUGUUCCUUUUCCCACAAAGUGACAGAACCAAUCCACCCUGAUGCUGACAUUAUCUUCUUGAUGGACUCUUCCGUGGGCGUAUCCAGGGAACAGUUGAUUUUGCAGCAACAGUUCGUCCGUCGUUUGGCUCGUUACUUCAUUAUAUCCCCACUUGGGCCACGUGGCGCGUUGGUCACUUAUGACAGAGCUUCAUUUACCCUCAUAGGCUUCUCCGAUUAUGGCAGUACAGCAGACUUCAGUCUUAAAAUCAAUGACGCUCGAUUACGCGGUGGCUCGCGGAGAAUCGACCAAGCGCUCAAUUACGCUACAAAAAUGUUCCAGGACACCGGACGAGAGGGUCUAAGAAUUGUCAUUCUCUUGACCGCGGGUAAUUACUACUCGGGACCUGGAGCUGAUACUAUGUCUUCUGUUGUGAUGAGAUUGCGCAGUAUCGACGCACAUUUGUACGUAAUAGGUAUUGGCUCCCAGUUUACACCAUCAGUAUUCACGCAAAUGGUUCGCAAACCCAGAGACAUUUUUCAAGUAGCCUCUUUCCACGAUUUGGAACCAUGGCAGUCGCGUAUCGCGAGAACUCUGAGACAUACUUCGAAUGCCUGUAAGUCAAGUGUCUUUCAUCAGUAUGGAACCUUUAAAUUUCUCUCAGAAUAACAUUUAUUUUUUCCUUUCUUGUUAUUAGUUAAGUAUGAACCAGCAGACUUUCGUUCAGAUAUAAUAUUUCUCAUGGACUCAUCAAGGUUCGUGACAAAGGAGAACUACAUACUAGAAAAGAACUAUGUAAAGCUGAUGGCACGCCUCCUGAAUCUCGCCAAUAACAGAAGCCGCGCUGCUCUGUAUGCAUUCAGCGACCGUCCCUCACUGCAAAUCACAUUUGAUGGUUACGAAGACCGUGAGGCGUUCGACACAUCUGUCAACAACGCACCUCAUCUCCAAGGUGCCCGCCGCAUCGACAGAGCAUUUGAGGCUGCAGCGGAGCUUCUGCGAACAAGAUCUCGUUCAUCUGUACCCAAAUACGUCAUUCUCUUGACAACUGGAAGGCAAUCGCAGGUGGCUGAUAUGCGCUCCCUGAGAGAGACCUCGCAGCAGAUUCGAACACAUGGUGGCAGAGUCUUUGUUGUUGCUAUUCUUACAGGAGGAUAUACUGUUCGUGACUUUUGGCAGGCAGUUCAAAGACCUGAGGACGCCAUGUCCGUUCCAUCGUUUAUCAAUCUACUUCCACGCGCCUCUUUCAUGGCCUCACGUAUCAUGGCAACGUGGCGUAAGUUAUACUUGAGCUAACCUUGUUUUACACCGAUUAGAAGAAAAUAAAGAAGACUCAAAAUGUCUUGCUUCACGCGCUUAUUCAAGCUAAUUCCUCUUUCCAUGCGAUUAUGACUAUGCUUUGUCUGAUAUCAGUUGUCUUCAUUUUGUGUUUGUCUCUCCACAUUAUUUUAGCGUGCUAUUCAUCCUGUCUAGUGUGUUUGAUCUGAAUUUUUAUUCCACAGGAGCCCCAGAGGCGCCAACGUUUGCCGCUGAUAUCGCCUUCAUCCUGGACUCUUCCUCCGCAGUAACACCCUUCCAAUACACUAGAGCUCAACGAUUUGUCAGAAUAUUGUCAGAGUACUUGAACAUUUCACCUGGAAAAUCUCGGGGAUCGUUGAUUACAGUAGGAGAUUCUCCUAUAGUGAACUUCAACUUUGACGGCUAUAACACACAUGCCGAAUUCAGAACUCUGGUAACCGAUGCGUCAUAUUUGGGCGGCAGUUCUUCGAUCACCAGCGCCUUAAGGACAGCGGCGACUAUGUUUACUGGCGCGCGUAGCUCUUACCCCUGGCUGGUUAUCCUCGUUACCCCGUGGAGACCGAGAGACAUACGGGAUACCAGGGCUCUAGAAGCCGCUGCUAGUCCUUUAUUGAAUCGCGGGAUCUGGUUGUACGUGCUAUCCGUUAGUGAGAACCCGUAUGUCGGUUGGCUACGUCCAGUGGUUGUGGAACCGCGGGAUGCCUUUUCUGUUGUUUCUUACCGCGAUUUACCAGCGAAUAUCGGGUCUUUGGCUGGCUAUAUAACAGCUGAUAAUUGUAAGUAUACUCAAUAAAUACCUUUAGGAUGAAAAAACUAAAAAAACUUUCUUUCUAAAACUUUCAAAUCAAGGAGUUCUUUGUAUCAGGAAAGUUUUUUUCUUUUCAAAAUGCGCUUUGGAAAAACGUAUUUAGUUGCAUGUAAAAAAAACAUGUAAGUAUAUGUUUUAUUUUUAGGGAUGACCAAAGCCUUUUACGAACUUAUAAAAUAUUCAGAGUGUUUACUUUUUUAAAACUCAAUUACUUUCUUUUUUAGAUCUCUAUGGAGGCUCCAAAUUCCUGUUGGACAUCAUAUUCCUGAUAGAUUCCUCGUCAGGCAUAAAUUCCAGGGACUACAGCAUCGAGAAAUGGUUUGUCCAAAGGAUAGCAAUGCACCUUGGUGUGUUCCAAGGCGAAACUGUAGCUGGUGUGGUAACGUAUGGAGGUAAUGCCUCAGUCGUAUUCCCCCUUGGAGGCUACAGAUCCAAUUCAGAGUUUAUUCGGCGCUUGAAUGACGCUCCAAGUAUGGGAGGUGUGCGACAGAUUGACCGUGCUCUCGAUACUGCGGCUGCUUUACUCUUAAGGUCUCGAUCGACUCUGCCGAAGGCGGUCGUUCUCAUAACAGCGGGCGAUCAAGGCACGGCACCGGGGACCAUUCCUAUAGAAGAAGCUUCUCGGUCUCUUCGUCAGCUGGGAGCCUGGGUCUACGUUACGGCUAUUGGACGAAUGGACGUCAGGGAACUGCAAAAAGUUACGAUAAGACCGACAGACAUGUUCUUUGCAAGUUCGUUUCCAGGACUUUAUGGAUUUGUCAGGCCAGUGGGUACAUACGUGGCUAAUACCUCGGGUAAGUAAUGUGGUUAUGGUAUCAUUAUCAGUUGGCAAAAUAGUUAAAUCAGCAAUUCUUUCUUGAAAUGUUUUCUUUACUAAUUGUACGAAGCAAGUGGACUUCCUAGACAAUUAUAUAUGGCUUAACAAGGAAUAUCAAUACUAGGACGUUCGUUUCCGAUCGAGUCUGAAAUUCCUCACCUGUGACAUCAUCGUUCUCUUUCAGUCAUAACAGGGACAUCUUCCUUGAACGCAGACAUCGUAUUCAUUAUUGAUUGUUCUUCAAGUGUUCCUUAUCGCGAGUACCAAACACAGAAGGACUUCGUGAAGUCUCUUGCACAGUACUUAAACAUCCAGCCCGGGCUGUCUCGGGUGGCGCUCGUAGUGUACGGUAGUCGAGCAAUGCCCGUCCUUCGCUUCGACAGUUCCAGGACCAUUGAGCGCUUUUAUUCCGAGCUUGCCAAGACGCCAUACCUCGGAGGACCCCGAAAUGUCGACAGGGCCCUAACAAUGGUCAUGCAGCGUAUUUUCGUAGACGCCCGGGAAAACGUCCCCAAGAUCGUGCUGUUGUUUAUGGCGGGAAAACAGUCGGGUGAAUCAGGCUCGUUAAGAGAUUCAGUUCGACCGCUCCACCUACAAGGGAUUAGGACUUUCAUUUUCCGCAUUGGAUCAGAACCAGCACUGAGGGAACUUCAUGCGGCUGUUGAUCUUCCUGGCGAUGUUUUCGAGUUUGCAAGUUUUGCUGACUUGGAUUCGAAGACGGCACCAUAUCUGGCGAGGCACAUACCUUAUUCUUCGGGUAUGCUUUCACUCAGCAGUUUUUGUAUUAUUCUUUCUUUCUCUUUUUCUUUCCCUUUUCGUUCUUUCUUUCUUUCUUUCAUUAUUUCUGUCUAUCUAUCUAUUUAUUCAUCUAUUUAUCUUAAUUUAUCUAUUAUUCUAUUAACAAGCAUCAUUAUUAUUUCUUUUCUCUACGUAUCAUUAUCACUGCUAUUCCGCCGUCACAGGAGUUCAUCACUUGAUAUCAAGUGAUGAGCUCCUGGACAUCACCGUUAAUAUAACUAUUAUAUAUAUCACUAUCAUUUUUGUAAGCUGCUAACUCAGUCCAAGACUCAAAAAAAUCCGUCCUCGAUUUUUAAAAUUCCGGAGACAGAGCUAGAGGGGAGGGGCGGGGGAAAGUUUCGAAAAGAAUUGGUACGAUAUCCAGUUUUGGAAACCCCAUUUAUGUAACAGGACUCUUAUUAGGACACCAUUUCUAA